UCAACUCUGUCUCCCAUUGUAAUAACAAUGCACUUGUGCGCACUGGGCCACUUCCUAAAUCUCCAUGAGAAAAAGAAUAAAGAAGACCUCCUCACCCUCGCACACCCCCGGCCCUCCCGUGAAAGCGUCCCGAGAGGGGGGGGGGCACAGCAGGUUUAUGGUAAUAAGGCUCCGAGGAGGAGGAAAAAAGGAGGAGGAGGAGGAGGUGAAGGAGGAGGAGAUCCACGGAGCCAUUUUGUACUCAUUUUAAACGCAGAGUGCUUUAACGCAGCCGCUGCGCGUCUUGGACACAGUGAGACUAUGGAGACACGGAGACUUUUUCCACGCUGAAACUUCACCAUGAGGGAGAGAAGCGGGACGCGGUGCUGGCAGAGGGAGAGUUAAUGCUGCCGUGGACGAGUUUCGCAGAAGUUGAGUGGAAUUUUGGAACCCUUUUGGAGAGCAUGGAGCUCCCGAUGUGUUGGAUCUGUGUGUGUCUCCUCAGCCUGCCGCUUGUUGGAUGUUUGGAGAUGCACCUCUGGGAGGCUCUACAGCCCGGCGCCGUGUUGGCCAACCUGUCAAUGGGACCCGGCUGGAGGUACACGAUCGACAGGACUUUUUAUCCUAAAUAUACGCAAAACCUCCUCCAAAUUGGGGAGCGGGACGGGACGAUCCGCCUGUCCACAGACGUGGAGUGCGCGCACAUAGCCAGGAACCCUGCGCGUGUUCGCUUCCGAGCAGGUUCUUCAACGACCGAGGACGCAGUUCGGACACAGUUUGUUGUGGUUGUCCACGGACGCCACUGUGACGUUAGCAGUAAAAGACUGAGACAGUACAGGAGACGGAACGUUUCGGCUGAGCCUGACAUUCGAAUUGAACACAUUUACAGACUGCAAACAACUUCCUGCCUGCCCGCAGGUAAGCUGCUAUCGAAUGUGCCAGAACUUUUGCCCGCGCUCACGCGUGGCACCCCUUUCCUGGACACUGUUUGUGCGGGGGACGGUUUGUCUGCGGUGUUCCGACGAGGACGUUUGUCCCUGGCGUCUGACUCGUGUCCUGACAACUGGGACCGACCCAGUGUCCACCUGGACUGUGCGCUGCGGAGCUCCUCCGGCAGCUCGCUCUCCGUGCAGCUGGCUGUGACGCUCGUCAAAGUGGCCGAACUACAUGGAUCCUUAUCACCGAGAGUCCAGAAAAGGUCCGCGGCGUUGAGCCGCAGGGGGAAGCGACAGGCGAACGCGUCUCCACAGUUCCAGCUCCCCAACUAUCAGGUGUCCGUGCCCGAGAAUGAGCCCGCGGGGACGCGCGUUAUCACCCUCAAAGCGACUGACCCGGAUGAUGGAGAGGCCGGGAGGCUGGAGUACAGCAUGGAGGCCCUGUUCGACAGCAGGUCCAAUGAUUUCUUCUUCAUUGACUCCCAGACUGGCAGCAUAACAACAGUCCAGCCGUUGGACAGAGAGGUCAAAGACACGCAUGUUUUCAAAGUGACCGUGAUAGACAACGGCAGUCCAAAAAGAUCUGCAAAUUCCUACCUGACCGUCACGGUCAGUGACACCAACGACCACAACCCAGUGUUUGAGCAAAACGAAUACCGCGUUAGCAUCCGCGAGAACGUGGAGGUGGGAUUUGAAGUGAUGACAAUCCGGGCCACGGACGGAGACGCGCCCUCUAACGCCAACAUGAUUUAUAAAAUUGUCAACAACGAUGGCAUUAACUCCGUGUUUGAAAUCGACCCCCGCAACGGUCUGGUGAGGAUCAGGGAGCGGCCCGACAGAGAGACCAGGGCCCAGUACCAGCUGAUCGUUGAGGCCAACGACCAGGGAAAGGACCCGGGCCCCCGCAGUGCCACGGCCACCGUGCACAUCACAGUGGAGGAUGAGAAUGACAACUACCCACAAUUCAGUCAAAAGAGGUACGUCGUACAGGUUCCAGAGAACGUGGCGGUCAACGCCAAGGUCAUCCAGGUGGAGGCGACGGACAAAGACGAGGGGAACAAUGCCAAAGUCCAAUACAGCAUCAUCAGUGGAAACGUUAAAGGUCAGUUUUACAUUCACUCUCCCACUGGUGUCAUCGACGUCAUCAACCCUCUGGACUAUGAGAUAAUUCGGGAAUAUAACCUGAGAAUUAAGGCUCAGGACGGAGGCCGGCCUCCGCUGAUCAAUAGCACUGGCAUGGUGGUGGUGCAGGUGGUGGAUGUCAACGACAACGCCCCCAUGUUUGUCAGUACGCCCUUCCAAGCAACGGUGCUGGAGAAUGUGGCCAUCGGUUACUCUGUGAUCCACAUCCAAGCCAUCGACGGCGAUUCUGGAGAAAACGCCCGUUUGGAGUACCGCCUGACUGACACCACGCCCGGUUUUCCCUUCACCAUCAACAACAGCACGGGGUGGGUCACCGUGAGCGAGGAGCUGGACAGAGAAACCACGGAAUUCUACACCUUUGGGGUGGAGGCGAGAGACCACGGGGUACCGGUGAUGUCGUCGUCUGCCAGCGUUAGCAUCACGGUGCUGGACGUGAACGACAAUGUGCCCACGUUCACGGAGAAGGUCUACUCACUUAAAGUUAACGAAGACGCCGUGGUGGGCACCAGUGUGUUGACCAUGACGGCCGUGGACAGGGACGUCAACAGCGUGGUUACCUACCAGAUCUCCAGCGGUAACACCCGGAACAGAUUCGCCAUCACUAGCCAAAGCGGCGGCGGUCUCAUCACCUUAGCCCUCCCUUUGGACUACAAACAGGAACGCCAGUAUGUCCUCACCGUCACCGCCAGUGAUGGAACGCGCUACGACACAGCCCAGGUGUUCAUCAACGUCACGGACGCCAACACGCACCGGCCCGUUUUCCAAAGUGCCAACUAUCAGGUGAUGCUCAGCGAAGGAAAACCGGUGGGCACCCAGGUGAUGGUGAUCAGCGCCACAGAUGAGGACACCGGGGAGAACGCUCGCAUCACGUACGUGAUGGAAGACAACGUUCCUCAGUUCAAGAUCGACCCCGACACUGGUGCCAUCACCACUCGGAUGGAGAUUGACUACGAAGACCAGGCCUCCUACACGUUAGCCAUUAUCGCUAGAGACAACGGCAUCCCUCAAAAGUCUGACACCACCUACGUGGAGAUUAUCGUCUCGGAUGCUAACGACAACGCUCCUCAGUUCCUCAGAGACAUGUACCAGGGGAGUGUGUUUGAAGACGCACCGGUCUACACCAGUGUCCUCCAGAUUUCUGCUUCAGACAGGGACUCGGGGCCAAACGGCAGGUUGAGCUACACGUUUGUAGGCGGCGAUGACGGAGAAGGGGAUUUCUUCAUAGAACCGUACUCUGGCAUCAUCAGAACUGCCCGCAAACUGGACCGGGAGAACGUCCCCGUGUACAACCUGAAGGCGUUCGCCGUAGAUAAAGGAGUUCCUCCGCUGAAAGCGUCGGUUCCCAUUCACGUGGUGGUGCAGGACAUCAACGACAACGCCCCCGUCUUUGAGAAGGAUGAGCUCUUUAUCGACGUGAAGGAGAACAGCCCGGUGGGUUCUGUGGUCACCCGCAUCACCGCCGUGGACCCCGACGAGGGCACCAACGCUCAGAUCAUGUAUCAGAUCGUGGAAGGCAACGUCCCUGAGGUUUUCCAGCUGGACAUCUUCAACGGCGACCUCACUGCACUCACAGACCUGGAUUAUGAAACCAAAACAGAGUACGUCAUCGUGGUCCAGGCGACCUCGGCGCCCCUGGUGAGCCGGGCCACGGUUCACAUCCGCCUGGUGGACAUGAACGACAACGUGCCCGUGCUGCAGAACUUUGAGAUUAUCUUCAACAACUACGUCACCAACAAGUCCAACAGUUUCCCUUCAGGAAUAAUAGGAAAAGUACCGGCUCACGACCCGGACGUUACGGAUAAGCUACGGUAUAAGUUCGAGUCUGGAAACGAGCUGAAGCUGCUGCUGCUGAAUGAGGAGACGGGGGAUCUGAGGCUGAGCCGAGACCUGGACAACGACAGGCCCCUGGAGGCUCCGAUGACCAUCUCCGUCUCAGACGGCGUUCACAGUGUCGUGGCCCUGUGCACGCUCCGUGUCACCAUCAUCACUGACGAGAUGUUGACCAACAGCAUCACCGUGCGUCUGGAGAACAUGUCCCAGGAGCGCUUCCUGUCGCCGCUGCUCAGCCUCUUCCUAGAAGGCGUCGCAGCCGUGCUCUCCACCAAGAGGGAGUCGGUGUUUGUCUUCAAUAUCCAAAACGACACGGACGUGCAAGGGUCCAUCCUCAAUGUCACAUUCUCGGCAAUGCAGUCUGGCGGCGCUCCGGGGAAGGGGACCUUCUUUCCUUCGGAAGAGCUGCAGGAGCAGAUCUACCUCAACAGGACUUUACUCAGACUCAUAUCCUCUCAGGAGGUUUUGCCGUUUGACGACAACAUCUGCCUGCGGGAGCCCUGUGAGAACUACAUGAAGUGUGUGUCGGUGCUGAAGUUCGACAGUUCCCCUCCCUUCAUCUCCUCCGACACGGUUCUGUUCCGACCCAUCCACCCCAUCAACGGGCUGCGCUGCCGCUGUCCGGUCGGCUUCACCGGGGACUACUGCGAGACGGAGAUCGACCUGUGCUACUCCGGCCCGUGCAAGAACAACGGCAAGUGUCGCAGUCGAGAAGGAGGCUACACCUGCGAGUGCUUGGAAGACUUCACCGGUGAACACUGUGAGCUGAAUGCAUCUUCAGGCCGCUGCGUUCCAGGUGUGUGCAGAAACGGAGGCAUGUGUGUCAACCGACCGUCGGGUGGGUUCAUGUGCCAGUGUCCACCGGGGGAGUACGAGAAGCCCUACUGUGAGAUGACCACCCGCAGCUUCCCCGGUCAGUCCUUCAUCACCUUCAGAGGCCUGAGGCAGAGGUUCCACUUCACCGUCUCCUUCAUGUUUGCAACCCGAGAAAGAAACGCCCUGCUCCUGUACAACGGCAGGUUCAACGAGAAACACGACUUCAUCGCCCUGGAAAUCAUUGAUGAGCAGAUCCAGCUGACCUUCUCUGGAGGUGAGACAAAGACCACAGUGUCUCCCUUCAUCCCUGGUGGAGUCAGCGACGGCCAGUGGCACUCUGUUCAGCUCCAUUACUACAACAAGCCUAACAUCGGGCGUCUUGGCAUCCCACAUGGGCCGUCCGGUGAGAAGGUGGCGGUGGUGGCGGUGGACGACUGUGACAUCUCCAUGGCCAUUCGAUUUGGGAAACAGAUCGGAAACUACUCCUGUGCAGCCCAGGGAACGCAGACCGGACAGAAGAAGUCACUGGACUUGACUGGACCCUUGUUGCUCGGCGGUGUUCCCAACCUGCCUGAGGAUUUCCCGGUCCGGAAUCGUAACUUUGUGGGCUGCAUGAGGAACCUCACCAUCGACAGCAAACCCAUCGACAUGGCUAGCUUCAUCGCUAACAACGGCACCACGGAAGGUUGUCCCGCAAAGAAGAACUUUUGCACGAACGAUGUGUGUCAGAACGGAGGAGUGUGCGUCAGCAAGUGGAACACCUACAGCUGCGACUGUCCCACCGGAUACGGAGGCAAAAACUGUGAACAAGUGAUGCCGUCGCCGCAGUUCUUCGACGGCCAGGCGCUGGUUUCCUGGAGCGACCCUGACGUCACCGUGGCCAUUCCCUGGUACAUCGGCCUCAUGUUCCGCACCAGGCAGCCGUCGGGCACUCUGAUGCAGGCCAGUGUCGGGCCGUCCUCCACCAUCAACCUCAUGUUGAGGGAGAAGCAGGUGCGGAUGGAGGUGCUGCUGAGGCAGAAGCUCGUGGCGUCACUCAGCUUCUCCCAAGUCCGCGUCAAUGACGGGGAGUGGCAUCACCUGCUGGUGGAGUUACGGAGUAUGAAAGAUGGGAAGGACAUCAAGUACAUGGCCACGGUGUCCCUGGAUUAUAAUAUGUACCAGAAAUCGGUGGAGAUUGGUAACGACCUGCCAGGUUUGAAGCUGAAAACUCUCCAUGUCGGAGGUCUGCCCGGUGAGGGAAACCAUGUCAGGAAAGGAUUCGUUGGCUGCAUACAGGGCGUGCGUAUGGGAGAGACGUCCAACAACGUAGCCAACGUGAACAUGGCUCAGGGCCUGAAGAUCCGCGUGGAGGACGGCUGCGACGUGGACGACCCGUGCGACUCCAACAUCUGUCCUGACAACAGCCACUGCAGCGACGACUGGAACUCGUACACCUGCGUCUGUGACCCAGGUUUCUUUGGUAAGGAGUGCGUGGACGCUUGUCAGCUCAACCCCUGUGAACACGUCUCCACCUGCGUCCGCAAACCGAGUUCCUCCCACGGCUACACCUGCGAGUGUGGACAGAACUUCUACGGCCAGUACUGCGAGAACAAGAUAGAGAAGCCGUGUCCCCAGGGUUGGUGGGGCAGUCCCAUGUGUGGUCCCUGUAACUGUGACACCAGCAGAGGUUUUAAUAAAGACUGCAACAAAACGACUGGAGAGUGUCGCUGCAAGGACAACCACUAUCGCCCCGAGGGUGAGGACACCUGUUACCCCUGUGAGUGUUUCUCAGUCGGCUCCGAGUCGCGGACAUGUGACCCAAUCACCGGCCAGUGCCCCUGCAAGGGCGGAGUCAUCGGUCGUCAGUGUAACCGCUGUGAUAACCCAUUUGCAGAAGUCACUCAAACGGGAUGUGAAGUGGUGUAUGAAGGCUGUCCCAAGGCGUUUGAUGCAGGUAUUUGGUGGCCCAAAACCAAGUUUGGAGGCCCUGCAGCUGUGGAGUGUCCCAGAGGAUCCGUCGGCACUGCCAUCCGCCACUGCAGUGAUGAGAAAGGCUGGCUGAUGCCGGAGCUUUUCAACUGCACCACCGUCACUUUUGCACAUCUGAAGAAAGUGCAGAACGAAGACCUGCGUCGCAACAGCUCCAGGAUGGACAGCGAACGCUCCAAGAACAUCGUGCGCUUGCUCAACAGCGCCACCAGCAACACUCAGCAAUACUACGGCAACGACGUGAAGACGGCCGCACAGCUGCUGAACCAAGUGCUGUUGUAUGAGAGCCAGCAGGGGGGGUUUGACCUCACCGCCAUGAAGGACGCAGAGUUCAACGAGAACCUGGUGAAAGCAGGAAGUGCCAUACUGGACCCUGAGAACAAGGAACUGUGGGAACAGAUCCAGAAGACUGAGGGCGGCACCGCACAUCUGCUCCGUAACUUCGAGGACUAUGCUAACACGCUGGCCCAGAACGUCAGGAAAACCUACCUGAAACCGUUCACUAUAGUCACCGAGAACAUGAUCCUGACAGUGGACUACCUGGACAUGUCCGACCCAGAAAAGGCCACGUUACCCAAGUUCCACGACAUCCUGGAGGCUUAUCCCAAAGAGCUGCGGUCCUCCAUCCAGUUCCCACUGUUCAACCUCCGCACUCUGGGCCUCAGAGAUGAAUCCAGCCCAGAUCCUCCGACCCAGACCGACCUGCCCGAGGACACAGGGGAGGAGAAUCACACGGUGUUGGACAGGAAGCGCAGACACCUGGAGCCGGCUGCUCCUCUGCCUGUUGCCGUGGUGAUAGUGUUCAAAUCCUUGGGAAAACUGCUCCCGGAGAGAUACGACCCUGACCGUAGGAGUCUGAGAAUCCCAAACCGCCCUGUGAUCAACACAGCCGUCGUUAGCGCCACGGUCCACAGUGAAGGUCCGCCCCUCCCUCCCAUCCUGGACCCCCCCAUCACGUUGGAGUACACGCUGCUGGAGACGGAGGAGAGGACCAAACCCGUGUGUGUCUUUUGGAACCACUCCAUCACGAUCGGAGGCACCGGGGGCUGGUCCUCCAAAGGCUGCGAGGUCCUUAACAGAAACAACACCCACAUCAGCUGUCAGUGCAACCACAUGACCAGUUUUGCCGUGCUGAUGGAUAUCUCCAAGAGAGAGCAUGGCGACGUCCUCCCUCUGAAGAUCGUCACCUACACCACGGUGUCCGUCUCCCUCACCCUCCUGCUCCUCACCUUCAUCCUACUCUGCAUCUUGCGCCGGAUCCGCUCCAACCUCCACGCCAUCCACAGAAACCUGGUGGCGGCGCUGUUCUUCUCCGAGCUGGUGUUUCUGCUGGGCAUCAACCAGACUGACAACCCGUUUGUGUGCACAAUCAUCGCCAUCCUCCUCCAUUAUUUCUACAUGUGCACCUUCGCCUGGAUGUUCGUAGAAGGCCUGCACAUCUACCGCAUGCUGACGGAGCUGCGCAACAUCAACCACGGCCACAUGAGGUUCUACUACGCCAUGGGCUGGGGCAUACCAGCUAUCAUCACUGGUCUGGCAGUCGGUCUGGAUCCUCAGGGAUACGGGAACCCGGAUUUCUGUUGGCUCUCCGUCCACGACACCCUCAUCUGGAGCUUCGCCGGACCCAUCUUUGUCGUGGUCCUGGUCAACAUCGUGAUCUUCAUCCUGGCUGCCAAAGCUUCCUGUGGACGUAGACAGAAGGCGAUGGAGAAGUCGGGAGCCAUCCCUGCUCUUCGAAUGGCCUUUUUCCUUUUGCUGCUCAUCAGCGCCACCUGGUUGCUGGGCCUCAUGGCCGUCAACAGCGAUGUGAUGAUUUUCCACUACCUUUUCGCCGUCUUCAGUUGUCUCCAGGGAGUUUUCAUCUUCUUCUUCCACGUCGUCUUCAACAAAGACGUGAGGAAAAACCUGAAGAACGUCUUCACAGGAAAGAAAAGCAUGCCGGACGAGUCCAGUACUACCAGGGCGUCUUUGCUCACGCGUUCUCUCAACUGCAACAACACGUACACCGAGGACGGACCGCUGUACCGCUCAGGCAUCGGAGAGUCCACCGUGUCCCUGGACAGUACGAUCAGGUCAGCCAAGAGCCGCAGCAGCUACCUGGCUUACACACUCAGGGAGGAGGCCGGUCAGAAGCCCAGCGGCUCCUCAGGAACGGCCAAAGGACGCACAGAUCUGGACGGACCUCUGUUCCACAGGAACGGAACCAAAGGAGACGACUCGGACUCGGACAGCGAGCUCUCCGCGGACGAGCACAGCUCCUCCUACGCCUCCUCCCACUCCUCCGACAGCGAGGACGACGACAUUGACAUCAAACCGAAGUGGAACAACGAGCGACAGCCCGUCCACAGCACACCUAAAGUGGAUUCGUUGCCCAAUCACAUGAAGCCUUACUGGCCCACAGAGGCCACCACGGCCAGUGACAGCGAGGACCCCGGGGGGGCCGAGAGGCUGCGGGUGGAGACCAAGGUGAAUGUGGAGCUACAUGCUGAGAACAAGCUCAACCACACAGGGGACAGAGACAGGGAGGUGCUCCAGGAGAGGGACAAGCAGACGCCCAGUAAUGUGAGAGACACAGCGCCCCCUAGCUUGCCUAACAGCAACCACCAACCGGAGCAAAGAAAAGGCAUCCUGAAGAACAAAAUCAGCUACCCUCCCCCGCUGACCGACAAGAACAUGAAGAACCGUCUGCGGGAGAAGCUGAGUGACUACAACUCCCCCACCAUCACCUCCACGGCCCCCAUCAACAACAACACCACCUCCUCGCCGCCUCUGUCCUCCAUCAACAUCAUGACCCCCGACUCCCGGCCGCCCUCGCUGGCCUCCAACGACGGCGGUCGUCAGGUGAACCACGAGAACAGCACCACCAUCAUCAAACCACCCAUCAGCCCGCGACCGCCGCUUCCUGACGGGCCCCCGACUGCGGACAUCUACCGGGAAACGAACGGGGGGGUGGCCAUGCACUUGAAGUCAGGGACGGUGAAUGGAGGCAACGAGUCUGACUCGGAUGGCAGUAACGAGACUUCAAUCUGACCUGUCGGGGAAAAAUAAAGCCAACAGGAGAAGAGAAGAAGAGCCGAGAGUGAAAGGAAACACGGUGGAAUAAAGAGUGAAAGACUCGACAAAGAGAGAGAGGAAAGAGGGAGAUGUUCUUCCCCGUCCCUCCUCCCGUGUUCCUUCUCUCUGGAGAGCAGUAUUAAUUGCAGACUUAAAGACUGGGCGGAAAAUCAAAAGAAGCGCAGAUAAUGAAAAGAUGUGAGAAACGAAAAAAAAAAGGGAAAAAAGAAAGUGUUGAACUGAAUCAAAAGAGGAUUAAAAUAAAAAACCUGGAGCCACAUGUGCCAAAAACCAGUGUGGACGUAGGAGACGAGAGUCGAUGGAGUCGUUCUGGUCCGGACAGAAAAAAAA